UAUGGUUCAGUAUCUCCCAGAACAUCAUGGGGUAAACUAGUAACUAUCAUCUAUGCAUUGAUAGGCAUCCCUUUAAUGUUACUCUACUUAUCCACCACCGGGGAUGUUCUUGCUAGAAGCUUUCGUCGAUUGUAUGGUAAACUAUGUGGCAGCAAGACAAACCCACAAAUUCCACAACAACAAAUACAACAAAGAUGUGCAUGCAGCAACACUGUACGAGUACCUGUAACGCUAUGUCUGGUGAUAGUUUUGGCCUAUAUAUGUUCCGGUGCGAUGCUGUUUCAUCGACUGGAGAACUGGUCGUUAUUAGAAGGAAGUUACUUCUGCUUUACCAGUUUAGGCACAAUAGGGUUUGGAGACCUACUUCCUGGUCAAAAAGCUGACGAGGUGUCCCUUUGCGCAUGCUCGGCUUACAUUUUGACUGGAAUGGCCCUAGUAGCUAUGUGUUUCAGUCUGGUCCAGGAUGAAGUAAUAGCGUUGUUAAGGUAUAUCGGAGCUUCGUGUUCGAAGAACACUCCUAAAAUUAAAAACGACGAAGAGGCUGUGACAUCGCUGCCUGGUUCUUGACAACGACCUACGACGGAGGGUGCGGCUCCGUCAAAAAUGGCAGGCAGAAGAUCACCGCCAGUCCUACAUCAUAACAGCCUACCUAGAAAAAGUAAUUUCCACAGAAACACGCCGGCGAGAAGAUCUGCUGCCGGUUAUGGAGCUGAACCACUGAUAGAAUACUUCGUGCCACGUAGCAUGAGCGAGUUUGACUUGUCCAUAGCAGCAGGGGAUUCCCCGCCAGUGCCAAACUUUCUUCCUUUGACAGUCAGAGCUCCCAGAAAAAUGAACAACGCUAACGCCAAACAAAAAGAGAAAAUGGUCACCUUUGAAGACGAGAUGGCUUCCAG